CAGUAAAGGCGAUGACCCAUGUGUGGCAACGCUAGCUCCUCCACCCUCUGCUGUCACCGCUGGGGGCUGUCAGAGGAUUCAGGAGUCACUCUAGGCUGUCCCCAGAUGAAGUGGCCUGCCCAAGAGUGCAGCCCUGGGUCCUGCUUCCGAGGUGCCCCUGUCCCAGCCUGACCCGGUGCGAGGGUGGUGGGUCUGCGGAUGGCGGGGGAAUGACUCACUGGCUGGGAGCCUUGACUCAGAAGGAAGGAAGACCAGGGCUCAGUUCCAACUGCAACAUUUCUUGGUAGAAACCCCUGUCUAAGCCAAGGCCUUUCUGGGUCCUCCUCUCCUAGGGUGAGGCCGGACAGGGAGUGGGUGUGGGGGGAGGUGGAAGGCAGCGAUGAGCCUAGAACUGGAUGAAGAGUCUCUGCCCCUUGCUCCAGGGCCUGGGGAAGGAACUCUGCCCAGUAAGUGCUGCAGUCCCUGGAUCCCAGGCCUGCCUAGACGCUGUGAGUCUGUGUGUGGUCACUGCACUGCCUGGCAGGGCCUGCUGCCUCAGCACCUGCCACAGCCCUGCUCUUCCCCAGGACACUGGGACCAAGUCUGACUCUGAAAAAGGAGAGGCCACAGAAACAAGCCUGGGCUGCCGGUUGGAGGAUGAAAGACCCAUGGCCCAACAGCCCUCUGUCACCCCAGCUGACACUCAGACUCCAGAGCAGAACCCUACUGGCCCAAACACACAGAUGAGGAUAUGGAAGCACAGAGAGGCCACACUGCAAGCAAGUAGAGAGAAGACCCAAUCCCAAAUGCGAUUCCCUUCCUCCAACCCUGCUUCUGUCCCCAUCCAGCAGCAGCCUGAGCAUACCUGCUGUCCUCGCUGGUGACCAGGACACGCACAGCCAGCACAUCCUGUCCAGCUGCAUCCUCCCCAGGGCUGAUCCUCACCGAGGUCCACUCGGAGGGCGAGGGAGAGGCGGCGCCCCCUUCCACAUCACCGUGUUGUGGCUCAGAGAUGCUCUUCGGCCUCUUGGGGGAGGUGGGCUCAUCUGCUGAGAGGAGAGCAGGGUCUAGAGAGAUGGUGCAAAUGAAUGACCCAGCAGGACUCCUCCAGGGGCUCGGGACCCCUCUAGGCCCAGGGUCUACUCAGACACUCCAAAGCUGACCUUCUCGUCCUCUGUGCCACUGCUGGAACCCUCACCCCCGAGCCCGCCAGAUGCCCAGGCAUUUAGGGCACAUCUCCCACAUGUAGGGCGCGAAUGCACAGAUUAUCCCAUUUAGUCCACAGGGAAGGUUCUGAAACGUUCAGAGGGGCCAUUCUGGGCUAACCAGUCUCUGAAGAGCAACGUCCAACAUGUUGCUAAAUCCAGUGGUAACAUCUCAGUUCUCAUCUUAUUUGACUAUUUGACACACCAGCAGCAUUUGACCCAGCCGGUCACUCCGUCCUAGAAAUAGCUCUCUCUGCUUCUAGGAUGGCAAGGCCUGCCCAAACCCCAGCCCCUACUUCACUGGCAAUUUCCUUUAUUUCCUCUGCUGGCUCUACCUUCUUCCCUUGAUCUCGUAACACUGAAAGAUCCCGGGACUCAGUCUCUGAACCUCUUUUCUUCUCUGUCUACACUCAUGCUCUUGAUGCCCUCAUCUGGUCUCAUGGCUUUAAAUAACCCUAGACAACAAUGACCUCCAGAUUUCUAUCUCCAGCCUGGACAUUCCUGAUUCUAGACUUAUAUAGACCACUGCUCACUUGCAUCUCAAUCUGGGUGUCUAACAGACACGUCAAACUCAACAAGUCCGAACGGAGUUCUUCAUCUUCUCCCCCGACCCAAUGUCAUUGUCUUGCCUACAGCCUUCCCCCUCUCAGUAAAUGGCAACUUCAGCUUCCUGUUGCUCCAGCCAACACCUCGCCAGCAUCUUUGACUGCUCUUGUCCUUUCAUUCUUCAUUCAAGGCAUCAGCAAAUCCUGAUGGGUCUGCCUUCAAAACACGUCAGGAAUCCAGACUCCUCUCACCACCUCUCUGCUUCCCACCCCUGGUCUGGCCACCAUUGUCUUUUGCUUGGAUCAUAGAAACUGCCUCUACCUGGCCUCUGUCCCUGCCCUCUUGCUGUGCCCCACCCCCACAGUCUAUUCUCCACACAGCAGCCAGGGUGACUCCAUUAAAACCUGAGUGAGAUCAUGCCACUCCUCUGCUUAAAAUCCCCCAAUGGCCCCUCAUUCACUCAGAGUGAAAGCUGAAGGCUCUACCGAGGCUUGCAAAGUCCAACAUAACGUAGUCUCCAGUGCGUACUGUGACCUUGUCUCCUAGCACUGGCCCCAGGCUUGCCCUGCCCUCACCAUGGCACCUCUGUGAUGCUCCUCCACACUCUGGGCACAUGCCCUUCUCAGACCCCUUGCACUGCUCUUGCUUCUGCCUGGAAGGUGUUAAUCCCCAGACAUUUCCAUGCAGGCCUCACUCACUGGCUGUCUUCAAGUCCUUGGUGGAACGUCACCUGCCCUGACCAUCCUAUUUAAAAUGGCAGCCCAUGCCCUCAGUGCUGUCCACUCCCCUUGAUUUUUAGUCAUAGCGUGUCUCACCCUCCAAUAAACUAUACAAUUUCCUUUUUCA